AGGCCCCGGGCAGUGUGAGUGCCGCUGAAAAUCAGCUCGCGUGCCGCCUUCGGCAUGUGUGCCAUAGGUUGCCUACCCCUGAUAUAGAGACAGCCAAGGCUGAGGAAGCUAUCCAGCUAGAGGACUGCUCUCACACCACUGGGGGAGGAGGAUAUGGCUCUGUCACAGGGAGGACACUGGCAGCUGGUUACUUCUGUUUGGCUCGGCAGGGCCCUGGGAGCAGAGAACCAGAGAUGCCCAAGGGCCCAUGGGAAGAGUGUAGCACAGCUGGGCACUGAACCCUGGUCUCACAAGGCUUAGUGCACUAACCACUGGACCAUGCUGCCUUUCUGUCUUAGUAGCCCAGGAGUGUUGGAAAAUCCCACCAAGCGCAUCUUCAGUGCCUGGUACCUUUACAAAUCUGACCCUCCUUUGCUGCUAGGAGGUUCUGGUCCCUGGAACACAGCGGGAGCUGGGCGAUUGUUCUUGCUUUAAUCUGAGCUCAAAAUCUUUCUUUUUGGUCACUUUUCGAGUUUGCUGAUACGUGGCCUGGCUUUUGAGUUGUUCUCCCCAAAGCUCAGGGUGACGGCACCAUUACUGGUGCGUGGCUAACCCUGCGGGCGCAGGGAUGUGCACCUGGAGCCACAACGUGAACCCCUGCCUCAUACUGUGCAGGGGUUCUACAAAGCCUAUGUCUCUGGGGACACAAUUCAUUGGGAGAGCCCUGCUGAGACGCCUUCUCUGCCUCUGGAGCGGGUUUGUUUACACACGGCAUCUAUAGCAACGAGCUGUGCUGGCCGCCUACUGCUUCCUGCUCCCUGGAGGGUUGCUCCCAUCCAGGCCUCACUGGCAGGCUCCUUCCAGAUGGGGGCUGUGCCUUCACCAUGAAUUUGGGAGCAGCUGAGGCCUGGGGGGAGACUCCCCCACGGGUGCAGAUCAUCCAACAGCCGAUUCCCCAACAGCCGAUGACAAUAUUUCAGCAGAUCCCUGGGAUCCUGUCUCCGUUCACUCAGCCCGUAAGGCCAGGACACGUCCGAGAAGAUCUGAUAGAGUUAAUGAUGAUACAAAAUGCCCAGAUGCAUCAGGUGAUCAUGAGCAACAUGACAAUGGCCGCACUGACAUCCUUUGGAUUCAGCCCAGCUCCCGCUGCUGCCCAGGUGAACCUGGUCCCUCUGCACACUGAAGAUGAAGAAGCAGAUCUGGUAUUCCACCACCACUACGCACCGUACCCCACCGCCACUCCUGCCCCCCCAUGGCAGCCCCUGGCACAGCCUCCAGCUUGGGCACAGGAGCCCCCUAGCAUACGCCACGUCGGCCUGGACCCGCACCCAGCCCCAGCAGGCCGGACUCAGGAUGACAAAGUGGUCCCUCCGCCCCCGCCGCCCAGCGCCACGGGGACAGUGGGAGCCGAUGUCCCGCCAGCUGCAGAGUAUUACGACUACACCCAGGGCAAGCUGUGAGCCUGGCUCUGUGCCUCCUGGGAGCUCUCCUCUUCACCUGCACCCCCUGUCCCUGCCUGGCUUGGGGAUCCCUGCUGCAGCAAGCGUCCCCCCUGGCCCAGCGAAGCUGGUGUGUCGGGCCCUGACAGACCGCUCUGUCCUUCGUCCCCGCUCGUUCACUGGACUAGCUCCCGCAGUGACGGGCAGCUCCCUGCUGCAUCCUCUCCCGUUCCUCGCCUCGCCCUGCCCCACCCCGUGGAGCCAGAAGGGCAGCUUGCCUGGACUCGCCUCUCAGCUUGCCAGGACUCCUCUGUCAGCUACUAAGAAGAUGCUUCAUUGUCUAGUUGUUUCCACAAUGUGGCUGUCCCCUCACGUGGCAGCUUCUCCUGCCCCAGGCAGGAAGAGGUUGUGCUAUUAGGCGCAGCUACUGGCGGGGGGAGGAAUGUGUCCUUCCCGCCACGCUCCUGCCCUUUUCUGUCUGCUGGCAUCUCCUUGCCAUAGCCUCAGGACUAAUGCAUGUCUCCAGCACCCCUUAUUUCGUGUGUUUGCACCUCUGCUCCGAUGACACGUCAGCCAGAGCUCCCUUCUGCUGCUGCCAUGGAAGGGACCUCGAGGUUCCUGGGGAAGUGGAAGACCCCAGGUGUCUCCAGCAUGGGGGACAGUGCUGGUGUUCUGGGCCCGGGUCUCCCAGGAUGGGCAGGGCUGGUGCCUGGUUGUCAGCCAUGUCUGUGCAUCACCUCGGCCUGCACCAUCCUUAUGUGACAGCUAUGCUCUUGGCCCACACACCGGGAAUUGAACCGGCGCCCUCCUGAGCUAGCCGUGAGCACCUGGAGCUGGGAGCCGUGACAGCUGUGGGGGCCUGAGGGGGAGCUGACAGACCCGCCCAGCAGUGGGUUACACCAACGCCGCUGGUGUCUCCAGGGCAUGAGGGAACAAGCCAGCUGCCUGCCCUCUGCAUCGCAUUGAGAUGAGCAGGAGGGCGCAGGGCAGUGUCUGGUGAGCAGAGGGGCAGGUGUCACGGACUCUCAGGAUUCAUGCUCUCUCCCAGCUCUGUACGGUCCCUGGGAGAAACCCCCUUCAGUGUGACAGCCCUUUUCGAGGGUCUGCUCUCUGUCAGGGGUCAAGCCACAGCCCCCUUCGCCUCCUGGAGCCGCACAUCUCUGAGCCUUAGCAUGCCUGUCUCUCGCCGUGGGCCCUCUCAGGGCGUCCACGUGCUCUGGACCCCUGGGACCUCCACACCCAGAGGGAAUAAUACAGCCCUGUUCUCUAGACCAGAGCGACUCUCAGCCAGCGUAACACAGGAGGGUUUAUUGAGUGUCUGAACAUAGCACAGGAAACUCUCAGGGCCUCAGGCCUGGCCUCCCGCAGCACAGGACAUCUAGGUUUGUCCCACCUCCAGAUGGGCUCUGGCUGCUCUCUCCUCCCAGCCCAGAGACCCCCUCCUUCCAGCUGGGCAUCCGAUAUCACUGUCCCCCAAGUCCUGCCUCCAUCUCAGUCAUCAGUUUUCCAAGCUGAAAAGUCCCAAUCUUUUUAAUCUCUCCUGAUAUAGAAGCAGGGCCGGCUCCAGGCCCCAGCACGCCAAGCGUGUGCUUGG